CUACCGCGAACUGCUAAAUCACGCAAGAAAUAGAAAUGAAGUCCUCACGCACAAUUUUCGCGCUGAUUUUGACGGUGGUGGCUGCGGCCGUGGGCUAUCCGGACCGCCACAACAACGUGAAAAAAUGGGCCGAGGACUCGUGGCGGAUGUUCCAGGUGGCCGCCAGGAGGGAUCUGGAGGCCGCGUCCGAGAAUUUCGGAGUGCACGACGUCAACACGACCUUACUCAUCAGCACCAAGGGACACAGCGAAUGCCGCGUUUACGUCGCCAUCGCCGACCCCUGGGAAACCUUGUCCGUCGUCUUUCCGGACAGGUACAUGCCCGUCAGCGACCUGCACGGCAUCCUCCUGCUCGACCCCUUCCCGAAGGCCUACUUCGGACACCCUGUGCUCAUUUUCUUCAUAGAGCGAGCAUCUCAGCAGCUGUGCGACGAGAGGAAAGGCCAUUACUUACACGGCAAACGUCUGUGUAUAUACGUGAAGAACAAUAACCGGUGCAUCGAGAUGAAACGGAACAAGUUUCCCUUCGACCGAAGCACGGACAUCGACUGCGCGUUAAACUUCAUUCCGCUGGUGGAAGGCAGGGAGGCGGGCAAGCAGAAACUGACCUGUCGCGAGAACAUCGGCAACUUCUACACCCAUUGCCCUGUGCUGCGAGACGCCGAGGACAAUCGCAGUGUGUACUGCGACAAGGUCCGUUACAACACGCAGCACUGCAACGUCGCGGAAGAGGCCGCCGAGGCCAACUGCAGCAUCUGGCAGAGAUGUGACCACGCCAUUAUACUUUCUGGGGGAUGGAAUCGCCAGCUGAGCGAAUACCAAAGCUAUCAGAACGUCAAGAAAAUGCAUAAAAUGUUCAAACACAUCGGCUUCGGAGAAAACAUCAAGAUCUUCUACGCAAACGGCGAGGCGAGCACACAAGAGAUGCCCCGCAUGUAUUCGUCCAUCUUGAAGGAAAGCUUCAAAAAGUACCUGCGGACACUAUGCAACACCAAGCCUUGCGUUGAAACCCUGGUUAUCUACCUGAACAGCCCGACCUUGCCGAACGGAAAUUCGCUGCUCUGGGACGCGGAUAACAACGGAGUAGCCAGUUUUGAGGAGCAGUUCACGGUGGACGAGAUGCUGAGCAGCCUGCAGGACUGCUCGGCGAAUCAAGUCGUCUUGUUGGUGGACCAGAGCUAUUCUGGCGUUUUCACCAUGAAACAAUCGAAAAACCGUAAACUGCGCUCGAACGUGAUCAUCGUCACGAGCACGUCGGAACGGCAGGCUGCCUUUGGCAGUGACUUCAGUGAACACUGGAGCCUGAAAGGACUCGAGGAGAAAUGCAUCAACGAGAUUUACGACGAAUACAUCAAUGUUUCGAGGACGGAGGAUAUGACCUCGCUACUGCUAGACACGGGGAGUGGAGCCUCGCACAGGCUCACGCUGACUGGGGGUUCUUGCAGUAAUAACUCUUGGGAAAUAAAUCCCUCGAAGGGCUGCGAGAACCUCUCUUCCCAUUACCUCUGGAGGGAUUACAAAAUUUAAAUACUGUUCCCACUUUUCAAAUAAGCUCGACCCCGCAGCCCUUUAAAUGCGUCAAAAAAGCCUGAAGAGUACAAAAAGACAAUUAUUGUUAUUAUUCUAUAUUGUGUAGUGAACGUUUUUUCCCCAAAAAUGACAAAAGCGUGCAUCAAGUGUGGAACUCCAGUGAAAGUGAGCAAAUUGUUGUAAAAAUUUAAUAGAUCUCAUGAGGAUUAUUUUGUAAGUUAACAAAAUUGACCACAAAUAAAAGCCAACAAUACAGUUAUCCCUCAUGAAAUGCACUUUUGUAGAGUGUUUAUUUUACGAAGCACAAACAGAGACGUUUUGUUGAUAAAUAAAAAAUUGUAC